CGCCGCCGGAAGCCCGUGUGCUGCUUGUGCCGCGUCGCCUCGCCGGACCGGCUGGCCGCUCCCGGCUUGAGGCGCUUUCAUCUCUCAGGAUUCAUUGAUACCCUCACUCAGAGAUUUUAUACUUGCUGGCUAGGUCCACGGAUUUAAGCUGAAGUUGUGGAGGGUCCAGAAUGAGAAGAAGAAAUUGAGUUUGCAGAACUGAGAUCAGGUUUUAGCCACCUUUGGCCAAAUUGGCUAAACAAUUUGAAAUGAUCAACAAUGACAUUAAAAGAAGCUUAUAUUAAAAGGUGCAAUUUUCUUAAAGUUGCUAUGUUAAUGCUAAAUAUGUAAGAAAAAUUGAUAUUCUUGCACCACAAAUAAAUGUGUAUGAAAUUAUUUUUACUGAAAUACAGACUACUUAUAGGUGAUCUGGAAAGUAGAAUUUGACUUCUGCAGGUGUUUUUAUGGAGUAGGAUGUCUGUGGUGCACCAGCUGUCACAUGGAUGGUUAGUGGAUCACCUUUCUUUUAUCAACAAGAUAAACUAUCAACUCCACCAGCAUCAUGAGCCUUACUGUCGUAAAAAUGAGCCCACUGUCAACUUUGGUUCUCUUCACAUGGAUACUACAUCUUCUUUUGAACCCUCUGCUGCGUCUCUUGCUUCUGACAUGACCAGGGAGCCUGAGAAUGACGAUAGGCAAGAUAGUGACAUGCUCAUAGAAAAAUAUGUUUUUCGAUCUGAAUUAUUUGAUGUCACCAAACCCUAUAUAACUUCAGCUGGUCAUGAAGAAGACCAACGAAAUAAUGAAAAGAAAGAUCUAAUGGAUGGUGUUAAAAGAGAGAUCUCCACUUCUGUCAUUGGGAAGAAGCGUAAAAGAUGCAUUGUUUUCAAUCAAGGUGAAUUGGAUGCUAUGGACUAUCAUACAAAGAUCAGGAGACUGAUUUUGGAUGGAUCUUCACAGUUAGUCCAAGAAGGUCUCAAAAGUGGUUUUCUUUAUCCACUUUCUACAAAACAGGCAAAGUGUAGUGAGCAUGUUAAUUUGCCACUCGAUACGUGCAAGUUAUCAGAAUUAUGUGAAAUGGCAAAGCAUCUGUCUUCUAUGAACGAAAUGAAACUUCAGACACUACAGUUGAUGGACGACGAUAUGUCUGUUAAUGAGCAGGAUUUAUUUUCACGGAUUGUUGAAAACAACUCUAGCUUCACAAAAGUGAUUACUUUAAUGGGACAAAAAUACUUGCUGCCACCAAAAAGUGGUUUUCUUUUGUCUGACAUUUCUUGUAUACAACCACUUCUGAAUUGCAGGAAAAAAUAUGAUGUAAUUGUAAUAGAUCCACCUUGGGAGAACAAAUCAGUGAAAAGAAGUAACAGGUACAGUUAUUUAUCACCUCUGCAAAUAAAGCAAAUACCUGUCCCUAAAAUGGCGGCUCCAAACUGUCUUGUGAUUACAUGGGUGACCAAUAGACAGAAACACCUACGUUUUGUAAAAGAAGAACUUUACCCCUGUUGGUCUGUGGAGGUAGUUGCAGAAUGGCACUGGGUAAAAAUCACCAAUUCAGGAGAGUUUGUGUUUCCAUUAGAUUCUCAACACAAAAAACCUUAUGAAGGUCUUAUACUGGGGAGAGUUCAAGAAAAUACAGCUUUAUCAUUAAGGAAUACUGAUGAAAAAGUGCUCCCUAUUCCAGAUCAUAAAUUAAUUGUCAGUGUACCUUGUACUCUUCACUCACAUAAGCCACCUCUUGCUGAGGUUCUAAAAGACUACAUUAAGCCUGGUGGAGAAUAUUUGGAGUUGUUUGCUCGGAAUUUACAGCCAGGUUGGACUAGUUGGGGCAAUGAAGUUCUCAAAUUUCAGCACUUGAAUUAUUUCAUUGCUCUGGAGUCUGGAAGUUGACUAUGAUCUUAGUUUAAAAGCAUUUCCUUCAGUUUUCCCUUCCUUCUCUUGCCAUGUUGUCACUCAUUACCUUUUCCCCCUAACCAUUAUACUUAGAAAUGUAAAUAGACAUUUCAACAAAAUGGCCAGAAUUGCCUCGUGCUCAUGUACUUUAGAGAUGAAUUUUAUUUCAAUAGCCCAGGUAUUCUACUUUAUUCAGAUCUAUUAAUAAAAUGGUAAAUAGAAAGGUA